AUGUCUACUGAACCUACUACUACUACCACUACCGCUACUAUCGACGCACCUGUCACUACCACAGUCGAUACUACUCCCGUUGCUCCUGCCACUGAAGCUGCUGCUGUAGCUGAACCCACUGCCACUACUGCCGCUCCCGUCGUUGAUGAGCCUGCUACCACUGAAACUCCUGUAGCUGAUGCCACCACCACUGAAGAGCCUGCUGCUACCACUGAAGCUGCUCCUGCUCCUGUUGCUAGCAAAUCAACAACAUCCAAGCGUCUUUCUCUCUUGCUAGGCAAAGCAAAGACAUUUGUUGAUAAAAAGGUCUCUGAUAAGAAGCCUGCCAAGAAGGAAGCUGCCAAGGAAACCACUGCUACCGCCACUGAAAUUCCUGAAGCAACUGAAACUACCGAAGCACCUGCUGCCGCUGCUGUAGAAGAGCCUGUCGUGCCUGUUGCUGCCACCAGCGAAGAGCCUGUCGCUGCUGAAUCAACCGAAGCCGCUGUACCUGCAUCAGCUGCCACUACCGCCUCCACUGAAGAAGCUCAUGUCGAGAAGCCUAAAAAUGAGAAGCGCAAAUCUAUCUUGGGUAACAUCUUCCGCAGCAAGAGCCCAGUUCAAGCUAAGGAAGCUGAAAAGACUGAACCCAAGGUUGAUCAAAUUGAAAAGCCUGAUGAAACAGUCGUUGAUAAGGAGGUUCAGGAGACACCUGCUGCUGAUGCUGCUGCUGCCGCUACAUCGGGUGCUAUCGUAGAAGAGGAAGCUGAUGUUGCCACUCCUGCUUCUGCUAGCAAAGAGGCUGCUCACAAGGAACACAAGGACAAUGUCAUCGAUACCAUCAAGAAGGGACCACUUGGCAAAUUCUUCAACAAGAAGGAAAAGAAGGAAGAAGCCAAGGAAGAGCAUCAUGCCGCUGCCACCGAGACUACUGCUGAUGUUGCUGCACCUGUAGUCGCUGACGAACACAUUGUUGAGCAUGCAGCUACUGCAGAGCCUGUUGCUGCUGUCGCUGCUGAACCUACCACAACUGCCACCGCCACCAAGACUUCUGAAGUUAAACGUUCUGGAUCUCCCUUGGGACGUCGUCUUACUCAGAUGAUUCGUGGAUUCUCCAACAAAAAGAAGCCCGUUGAGAAGAAGGAGGAACCCGUUGCUGCUACUGAGGCUACCACUGAAGCCGCUUCCGAACCUGCUGCUCCUGCUGUUGAGGCUGCUGUCGUUGAGGCUAAGGAACCUGAAGAGCCUGCUGCUCCCAAGAAGGAAGAACACGAAGAGCCUGUCAUUGCACCUACUGCUACCACCAAUCCUGCCGUUCAAGCAACUGCUUAA